AUGGCUGCUCGAAGCAAGAUGCUGGACAAUAACAAGUAUGCAACGAAGAAGACGAUCGCCCAGGGGAUGCUGGACAUCGCCCUGCUGACAGCCAACGCCUCACAGUUGAAAUACGUCCUCAGCCAAGGGAAGGACCGCUAUGAGUUCUACACCCUCAUGCUCGUCCUGAUCUCCAUCUCCAUUGUCCUUCAGGUAUCCGCGUUCCGUAUUCCUGAAAUUCGUGUCCGAGUUAAAAAGGAUAUUCACGUGUCUCCGGGAAUGUCAGGGCUGCUGACUUUGACGUUGAACCUGUUGCACGACUGUCGGCUGGACCAGGAGGCACAUCAGAGAGCGGCCCUGACCAUAACGUAUAUUACGAUGACCACCGCCUUCAUGGUGGCAAUUCUGAAUAUCAUUAUCUCGGCCUUGAAUCCCCUACUCCCUCCCAGACUACCUUGACCUCCUCUGAACAAAGGGGAGCCUGUUUGUGAUGGCAUCAAUCCUGACAUUCAUGCGAAUCGAUCGCCAAGAAAAAGAGACGGCAAUGGCCAACAUACUGAAUUACAUCAUCUUUUCUAUCUCCUUUUUUAUUCUCUUUGUUGACGGACUCAAAUUCGGAUUCCUGCACUGAAGUGAUCUCUCUUGUUUUUUUGUGAUUCGUUUCUGAACUUGAAAUUAGCCUUCAUUCUUCCUUUGCUUACGAGGCUUCAUGAAGUUUCGUGACUUUUUUUCAUUUUAUACACGGAGUUUGUUUGAAAACAAUAAAGACAAGUUUUGCCCGUAAAAAACAGAGUUUCUCUUAAGAGGUAACCCGGUUUUCGUGAAGUGGGAAGAUGUCAAGUUCAGAAAUGACGACAGUGAUGGACUUCGAAUAAUUUUCCCAAAGGAUUAAUUGCGUUUUAUUGGAUGGGAUUCCGUAGGUGGUGAUUGGUGUGAUGUUCCUCGUCAUAGGCGGGAUCAACAUAAACAAAGAGCAGAAUCAUCGGGUUGCGGAUAUCUUGAACAAUGUCAUUACGGCCUGCAUCUUCUUUAUCUCCGUCCUCAAUAUCGUCAUUUCUGUGGUCGGCAUCGAUGUUCCGCUCGAAAUCAGAUCCUCCUAAUGAAAGAAAGGACUGUUCUGCUCAUUUUCCUCUGUUCUCCCUUAUUUUGCCCCACGACAAAUAAAGCACUGUCUUGCAAACGAGAGAUGUUGAUCAUCUUGAACAAUGUCAUCACACUGUCACACCUGGCUUGGUAUGGGUGGCAUGUUAAUAAAACACAUGAUUUCAAACUU